ACUCAACUCAUUAAUACACAGAGUCACCUUAUUAUUUUGUCUGUUUCACAACUAAUACAACCAACAGUUGUCCAAGCAUUCAGUUUUAAUUUCACUUCUCUCUUUCCCUUUCCUAGUACUGUUCCCCCCCCCCCCCCCCCCGGCCCCCCCCUCUCUCUCUCUCCCUCUCUGCUUAUCAAAAGUACAUCUUUGUUCUUUCCCACUUCAUCCAUUGUCUGCAUCUUCAAUUUCUUCACCUGAAUUUUUUCUGAAAUUCUUGAGGUACAUUCUUGUUGGUGUCAUCAAUGAAGUAUUGAUUGGUACGGAAGUUUGUUCUUAACAGUCAUGGACGCUGAUUCAGCUGCAACAUUUAACGAUCAGAAGGAAAAAUUGAAUACUUUUCUUGAGAUUGCAAAUACAGAAAAGCAACUGUUGACAUCAAUUUACUCUAAAGGCCUGUUGCACAAAGAUGUCCAAGAAUUGUACCACAAAGCCCGUGCCAGCUAUGAGAAUAUUAUUGUAAAUAAUUAUGAAGCAGUGGGGCUUCAGGAAGUUGAAUUCUCUCUGUGGAAACUUCACUAUAAGCACAUUGAUGAGUUCCGUAAAAGGAUUCGGCAGGCUACUGCUGAGAAAAAGAAAAUUGAAACACAAGAAGGUGAUUCAAGUGCUGCCCGAGAGAUUGACAAUCAUAUGGAAGGGUUCAAGUCAUUUCUAUCUGAAGCUACUGAAUUCUAUCAGGAGUUAACUAAAAAACUCAGAAAAAGUUGUGGGCUCCCCGGGGAAUUAUUACUCUGUAAGAAUGGUAGUCUCUCACUUCCUCUUGCACCCAUGAAGCUGCCUCAAUGCCAAUAUGCAUGCCACCGUUUUCUAAUUUGUCUGGGAGAUCUGUCCAGAUACGGUGAACUUUGUAAGAAACAGGAUGCAUGGAACUGGUCAUUAGCAGCCACAUACUACUUUGAAGCAUCUAGGAUAUGGCCAGACAGUGGAAAUCCACAUAAUCAGCUUGCACUAUUGGCAACAUACACUGGUGACCCUUUCCUUGCCUUAUACCAUUGCGUCAGAAGUUUAGCUAUUAAGGAACCAUUCCCUGAUGCCUGGAACAAUCUUAUGCUACUCUUUGAAGAGAACAGGUCAUCUAUUUUGCAUUCAUAUUCCAAUGGAGCUCACCUUGAUUUGCUAAAACCCUCAGUGUGGUGUUCCAUUGAUGCUAUAAAUCGUGCAACCAGCGGCUCCUCAAACAAGAAUAUGCUAGAACCCACUGAAACUGUUACCUCUGGGAAAACUGAUAUAUGGCUUCCGUUUGUCAGAUUGAUGAGUUUCUUUCUCGUGUACUCCAGCUUGGAGGACUUUCAAUCUAUUCUUGCAUUCACUGUGGUGCAAUUGGAAGGUCUGGUGGUGAUGGAUGAUGAUGAACUAAGUUCUGCUCUAGAGUCAUACCAGUUAAUGGAUCCAUUGAGAAAAGGCCCAUAUCGUGCUCUUCAACUAGUUUCUGUUUUCAUCUUUAUCUUCCAUAGCCAAACUGAGAGUGGGGUUGGAGUGGAUCCAAAGAAAGAUAACAAGCAGCAAUCUGUAUUGACAGAACUGGCAGUAGCUUCUAUUUUUAUUUGUGCGGGCCGCCUUGUGGAGAAAGCUGCGACAAGAAAUAGUACACAAACUUGCCCCCUUUUACCUGCCAUCUCUGUGUUUGUUGAGUGGUUAGUGAACAUAUUUGAUAGAGCAGAAGCACAUGCAAAAGAUGAAAAGGUCCAGAGUGCUAUGUCUUACUUUUUUGGUGCUUUAGCUGAUCUUCUGAAUCGGCUUGAUCCUUGUGAGACUCAACUUGCUCCAGAAAAUACUGCUCUUUGGGAGGACCAUGAACUGAAGGGGUUUGACCCCAUUGCCCAUGCUCACAAAUCUUUGGACUUCACGAGCCAUUUGGAAUGUGCAGAUAAUUUCAGUAUUGAAAGUGUGUGUCGUUCACGCCGUAUGUUUCGUGCAGCAACUAAACUGGCUCACAGACCGAGUUACUUAAGAAAGUGGAUCUCUUGUGAUAAAGCAGGUAAAAGAUUCCACAUCACGGAGUCAGAAGUUGCAGAUAAGGAAAAGUUGGGAGUAGCUGAAUCUGGUUCAAAUCUUCAGCUAGAAGAGUCCAAUCAGAAUAAUUGUAGAAUGACAAAGGAAAACGGAGAGAGUCAAGAUCACCCUUGUCUCAGCAGUCAACCUGUUACCAUAGAUGAAGAAGAAGUCAUUCUUUUCAAGCCCAUCACAAGACACAACUCAGAACCAAUAUAUACAUCAGGCACCUCGUGUGAUCAAUUUUCCAUCAAUGUUAUCAGUGGAACUGCGACUUCUGAUGAAUCUUUGCGCCGUGCCACAUCGUUGAUUUCUGAGCAAAGCAAUCCACAGAAUGAUAUUUUCAGUUUCCGUCCCGAAAGUACAAACUUGAGGUACAGCAAGCCACUCAAGCAGUCUGCAGCUUUCCCUUCCGGACCUCCAUCUCUGAAUGCUUGGGUCCUUGAUAAGGAAAGUCCAAGAAAUGAGAGGGGGCUAAGGGAUUUAAAUAGACAGCAGUUGAGCCCAAUUGAUGAACUGGCUUCUGAAUCUUUAUCUGGUCUCUCCUUAAAGGAAACUAGAGAUCACAAUGUUUAUUCCAUGCCAGUUUCUGCAGCUAUUCUUGAUACUUCUCCUCCGUAUGUCGCUCCAGUGCCCUCAGCACCAUUGUUACCCGAAGAUGCUUCUUGGUAUAAUGGAAACUCAUCAGUUUUCCCUAACAAGAGUGCAUUUGGGACCAAGGAAGGGGAUGGUAUUCUUGGCGCAUCACCAGUGAGUGGAUACUCAAGUCCAUCUACAGUUCGUGGACCACUUGAUUUUAUUGCAGGCACUCCACGCUUUGUUGAGGGAUACCCACCAUUACUUGGAAUGAGUUCGUCUGAAUGGCUGUAUCACUACAGAAACAGUCAAAACUUCGAGCGAGUCAGCAAUCCAGUAUGGCCUGUUCAUUCAAAUGCACCAACCUAUGGAAACCUGAACGCGACCAAUCUUACCAGGUUUGAUGUCUUAGAUCAGUGGGGAAAUCACUUGGCUUCUAGUCCCAUGGUGUACUUGGAGAGCCCGCAGUUGCAUCCAAGUCCUCCCCUUGCCUAUGGUGCAGAAGAACAAAUAAUCGAUAAACAGUUUCUAGGCUACCAAAGAGCAUCCCCGUAUGUAUGUGGCACUGGAAUGGACUUUAGGCAGGAGCAGCCAAUGCUUCUUAAUUAUCUCAAAGAGAGAGAACGGCAAAUACCACCGGAGUCUCAAUAUAAAGGUCCUAAUUUUAUGGGAAAGUAAGCUCUAUCAGGCAUUUUUCCAGCUACAUUGCCUCACUUCUCAACUUAUAAAUACAUGAAUUGUGGCAUAUCAAACUUUCUAAGUGUGAAAGCUGUACUUAUUUACAUGUAUGAAAGAUAGAAAUGUAUGCAGUUAAUUGGUUGUGAACUGAGAAAGUGCUUUCAAGAAUAAUUGUUGAAGAUGAAUGCACUUUUUCAUUUGUAAAGUUGUUUUUGUUUUUUGAAAGUCAUCUGCUUUGCAGUGAAUGGUUGUAGAAAAAUUGUAGAACAUAAGCAUACGACUGUUGUUGGAUUA